UCGUGUCCCGCAGGGAUAAAGUCCUGCAGCCUGAUGUACGCCGCUGAUUGGCGCGCGGCGACGUUAAACGCGCGUUGCCUCUGAUGAUCUGCUGUUAGUUCCUCGUUCGGCGGCAGUGGUGGCAAACCCCAUCUAUCAGUUCAUGUGUGUAUGUGUAUUUGUGAAUAUUAGUACCAGCCAAGUAACACGGGUACUACCCAUACUCACCGCUGUGAAGUCCACGGCGAAGGCGGCGAAUAUAACAAUGACGGUUCAGAGCGCAUAGAACUGCUAUAUUCUUUGUAAUACGAUUACUUCUACAAGCAAUAUUAAUUCAAGGAUAACUAUUGCCGCUAGCGCGCUACCUCGAUUAAUUAGUCAAUCGAAGAUUCUACUACUACCGUCACCCCGCCGCCUUGCGGAGCACCGGGGCGGAUUCGCGCAGAGCAAUUUGCCCCUGUAGCCCCAGCGUCUGCAGUCCUCCACUGUACGUGCAUGUGUGUAGUGAGUGCCGUGUGGGGCUUGCUGUGGUGUGUUCGCAGUAUAGUCCGUAGUUUUUUUGGACAAGAAACUAAGGCUAAUUUCAUGUUUCCGUACUUCUAAUCCCGCUGUUUGUUGCUUUAUGUAUCAUCUUAUCUCGCCAUCUCCAUUUACUAGGCCAUAUCUCAGGAUUAGCCAAUAGUAUCGGUGGAACACCGAGCGGUCGACGGAAAAAGGAAAUCCGCCAGUAAAUAAAGGACGGAAAGUUACUGUUUCCUAACUGCACAUUGACUAUACGGUACAGCUGGUUUGCCUACACUGCUCACCACUCAUUGAGCCACUGGUGCCGCUUCUGCGCUAUAAAAUGUAUUUGAAGUGAAUUGUGGCUUGGCGAUGGCGAGUUUAAUUGGCUGCUUAACUGCUGGUUCGUGAUCAUAAGCUAGCGAAAGGAAAUCUAUCCUAUUUUUUCCUCUGUUUUAGUCUUUCCCACCCUACUUCUGAAAGAUCGAAGCCACAAGAGAAAACUUCGCAGGGAACGCCUAGCGCGUAGUAUUGUGUUGUGGUAAUAUUUAAUUCACACUGUCGCGCGGUGGAUGGCGAUGCUGCGACGCUCGGUAGACCUUGAGGCGGGUACAUGCGACCCUCGUCGUCAUGAAGUUAGUAUUCGGGUACCGUGCAAGAAGAUGAAGAAGCGUCGUGAGCUGGAUGCACUUAUAGCAAAAAGUCACAAGACGUUAUCAGCUGUGUAUAAGUCAGGCGGAAGCAGUGGGUUCCCUGGUCCUCACGGGCCUCUUCUAAAGAAUGAUUCGGAUUCAGGAUCUGAUCUCGAAGGGUUUCCUUCAGUCGUCAGUCCUAAACACCAAUCAGCAUGCUGCAAAAGUUCCAGUGGGCGAAGUAGCGGUGGCCUCUGGAUUCCUGCUUGGUUGUUCCUCAUCGUUCUCAUAGGGACCCUGGUCUCGGCCACCCUCCUGUGGUUGCACAUCGGCCUCAAGCAGGACUUCACACUGCUCCGAAACCAUCUUGCAAAAGUGGAUGCUGAAGGCAAGCGUGUGUUUGAUACGUUUCGGGAGGUCGACCAGCGGUUUGCCCAACUCCAAGCUAAUCAAUCGCAGAUAGCCAAGCGGUUAGAACAGCUUAACUUGAGACUGAAUCAGAUCGCACGGGACGUCAGUCUGGUGAACGGAUCAGCUCAGCAAAUUCGCGGAAGUAUUGCUGAAGCUGUUAAUACCCAACUGCCUGGCCAUCUCUCUCGGCUGAACGGAUCCGUCCAUGAGUUACAAUCACAGAUAAUUGACCUAUCAGGAAAGCUAGCCACAGUCCGUAUGGAGCUAACAGCGGUUGAAGGUCGAUCUCAACAUCGCAUCAAGGAAGCGAUUAAUAUAUUUAAUACCUCCAUAGAAGCCAUUGAAGACGUCAUCGCUGGACGGGACGCAACGUCAACAUUGAGUCACGAAUUUAACGUGACCAUAGAGCAGGCCAUUGGUCGAGCUCAAAGCGAAAGUGAUUCACGGUUUGAUGAACGAAUGUCCAAUAAAUUGCAAGAGCUCAAGCAAACAUUGGCUUCCCUACCAGCUCCAUCGUUGCCUAUCCCUCAAGAGUCGCUGCAACUGAUGCAAAAUAGCGGUGGCCAACAACAAUCACAAUGCAAGACUCAGAAUGACCCGAUACCGAACGGAAAAGCUAAUAAGGCUCAAAAAUCGGAAAGCGUUUCCGGUUCGGCGAUGUCCGCAACUACAGCCGAAAGUUUAUUGUCUCCAACUAACCGUACAAUAGUAAUCGCUGAUCUUCCUGAAAAGAAACCGUCAUCACAAGUUACUGCGGUCCCUGCGGUCGCUUAGAAGCAUCACAAAAAAAAAACAAAGACAGCUUCAGUUAAACAAGCGCAGACGCGUUUUUUAUCAGUUCACAGGUUAUGCAUUUUCGUAGAAGUGGAAGUUGAAAACGACAGCAACCCAACCUCGUCGCCUUCAAGUUAUCGUUCGCCGUUCCAUAUGUCAUAGUCAUCCUCACGCAUCCAUAUAGAGAGGCACGUUGGAACGUUAAUGACGUCCUACUUAUAGAAUAUAUAAGACACGCGGAUAUAAGGAAAUCGGUGAUAGUACAGCGCUAAGAUAUAUGGGCUGGAAGUGUAGUAGUUGUACAUUUUGUCACAGGUGCUAAGGGUGUUAGUUGAACUAAAAUUGACAGAAAAAAAAGUGACAAUUGUGUCAUGUCAGUGAGUCACGCAGUAGCGCUCCAAAAGGCUUCAUAUUAGCAAGGGUUACUGAAAAAAGAAAAUCAACGUUAUCAAUAGAGAUGACAUUACAUGAUAGAAAGAUGGAGUUGGCAAACAGAAAAAAAACAUAGAGACUGAUUAUUCCAUAGAAACAAUUGAGCUCACGUGUACAUAUAUAUAUAUAUAUAUAUAUAUAUAUAUAUAUAUAUAUAUGCGUUGAGAGAGGAAUCACAAGAGGGAACGUUGUAAGGAAAAGGAAAGACAAUAAUCGAAGGCUUAUAUUGUUAUUAUCAGAAACGAGCUUAAAAACGCAGGGGGUUGGAGAGUACCUUGUUUUUUUAGGGCCUAGUAGGAGUUGCCGUUGUCAAGAGCAUUUGUAACGUCGCUAACUAAACGAUACUAGAAAAACAAUAGCGUUAAAAGACUAUCGUAUAUCAUACAUAUCGAACGGGUCAUAGGAACGCCAGUUCAGUUGAAGCCAAAGGAAUAUGGAAGAAAAAGCUGUAGCUAAAUGUAGUUAUUGAUUGAAUAUAUGAAAUUCGCAUUCUCCUUCUUACAGCAGGCUGGCCAUUGUCGUUCGUUCGUCAGAUUUAAUGAUUCGAAAAGACAAAAAUUGUGUUUUUAAGGAUUAUCACGGCAGCAACAGCAGCAGCAGCAGCAGCAGCAGCGAUAACAACAAAUGUUCGUCAUAGGGAAAGAUCAACGAAUUCGGACUCGGCUCGUAGGAUAACUGGACUGAUAGGACCGACAAAGGACAUCAUUAAUAAGAACAACUUGAAAAAAGGGCCGACGUUAAUAAAAGAAAAUAAGACAAACUAACUCUGCGUUGGAGUUCAGAGUGUUUCUACAAAUCAUGUUCAUAGUCUAUGAUAUUUGUUACGUAUACAUAAGUAUGGUUAUAUAUAUAUAUAUACAUAUAUAUAUAUAUAUAUAUAUAUAUAUAUAUAUUCUGACACAUGCACACAAAUGCAUACACUGUAAAAAACCUACUAAAAAAUCAUGAAAAAUCUCAAGAUACGCAACUUAUUCUCAGAAGGAAGCGCGUGACUUGUUAUCAGGAAGCAUCUUACUAAACAACCAUUGAUAGAUCGCUUUCUUUUGACCUAAUUGACGCCAACCUAUGUGAUGUUUGAGAACAAUGGAAAUAAAUCAGUAAAGCUGAGUAAAGUAGCCGAUCAAAAAAGUCAGUAUAAACGGCCGUAAUGGUAACCUAUUAAGUUAAAUAAAUAAAUAGGUGCCAAUGAUUGAGAUAGUUCCACUUAGCUUAUUUCUGUUUAAAGAGGACAAUAACUUUUGUUUGACAAGAAUUUUUCGAAACAUAAACAGGAACGUUUCGAGAAGCACAAUACGGACGCGAAAGGGAGACGUCGGUACUACGCAAAAAUCACAAAGCUAACGAUUACGCGUAAAAGAAACAGAACCGCUCUAGAUAGAUGAUAUGGGGGAAAACCAGAGGACGUCGAGAUGACGUUUAUUUUAUAGCUAUUAGUCAACGUUGCUUGGAGUGAUUAUCGUGCCCUUUACUUUGAUAGCCUUCUAGGGAUUUUUCCAUAAUUAUAUACCUAUUAUCACCUUGUCUCACCUGUUGUUCCCUUGAUUAGUCUGUCAGUUAUGUGUGUACGCAUGUAUUUAUAGGAGGCGCGCUGAUAGAUGUCUAUUAGAUCGAAUCAACACAAGCGAACAACAAUGGAAGCUUUAUGCCUCUGAGAGGACAACAAAAUAUUAACCAUUUUCUAGCACUGUUAUUAGAAACUUUUAGCAAGUUGGCCGAAAGUAACUUAAGUUCGGUCAACUAACAAAAUACAGAAAAAGGUCAAAACCUGCCGAUUAUGCUCUAGACGAAACCUCGAACAUUCUGAGAAUACGGCAUUUUAUAAAUAGCUAAAAUCUGACAGGAAAUGACUCUCGACACCUAUGCACGAGGCGGUAGAGUCUACUAGCCAGUACGUAUUGAAACCAAAUGAAGAGCUAAUUGUACUCCCACGUAUUUAUUUAUUUACAAUAUAUCGUGGACUGCCGGGCAUCUAAACAACAAUUGUUACAGAAACUAUGUUGACACUGUUUCAUGAGAAAUUAAGUGGCGCUGUUCUCUACAAAAAGCUGCCGGCUUGACAAGUAUUUCCGAUUAUAUCACUACUGCGAUAGCUAAAGCCGUCCUGUAUGCACAAUCUAAAUACUACUACUGAUAAACAGCACAACCACGUAAAGCAUGUCAUUAAAAAAGUACUUCGCCAAUUUUCAUCACGCACAUCAAACACUCACAAUUGAAGAUAGUUGCCCGUGCAACUUAUAUUAUUGGUCCUAUUAAUGCGACCCAACACGUGAUCCCCAACUAGCCGUCACUUGAAAAUGGGCCCGUGCUUUCAGCAUAAUAUAUUUUUGACUUAAAUUAAAAUAGUGAAAAUAAUAGAAGGGACAAAUGGACAUUUCACGAAAUGAAACAUUUUAUUUAGCGCGGUACCCCAUAACUACAGGGCAUCAACGUGUUGGGUGCAUGAACUUAGCCUACAUCCAGUUUCUGCACUGAAUAACAGAAACUAGUGUUCUGUUUUUACAUAGCAGAAUAAUAACAAUAAUAAAAUGAUAAUUGAAGUUUUUGAAGUAUUCAUACGGCCUAUUAUAACCCUUUCUGCUGAAAGGAAGCCCCUAAGCGUAAAAUAAUAAUAAUAAAAAAAAAAAAAAAAAAAAAAAAAAAA